AUGAUACAAACCACGAUGGCUUCAAUUCCUGAAGUGAGGGAAGAAUAUCCUGGUUCUUCAAUCGCUGAAAGAACCAGUAGAAUACACGCAUUUACUGAUUUAGGACCAGCAGAUUUAUGUAAUAUCCAUAAGAGUUCAGUCAAUUCAAAGAAGGGAACUGAAGUUGGAACAUUCUUAUAUUUCACUGGGAUUGAUACCUCAAAUUCAGCUUCGAUCGCUGCUCAAUUACAAGGAUUGGCUACUUUAAUGGGAUCUAAAUCUCAAUAUUGGUUUGGAGAAAAGAAACAUUGGAAAGUUCCUGAAUUAACUUAUUGUACUUAUAACGCCUUUUCAAAAGUUGAUAUGAGAGUAACAGUUCAUAUUCCGGGAAAAUUCGAAAGUUCAGUUGUUAGUAGUGAUGGUAAAUUCAUUCAUGAUAAAAUAAGUAAUGAUGAUUUAGAUAAAUUAUGGUUAGAAACAUUCGUCAGUUCAAUUAUUAGAAGUUUACUUGACUCUGAUGAUGAAGAAUCUAAUAAAGUUGGAGGAUUGGUUGAAGUUCGUAAAUUAAAUCCAUUUAAUAAUGGGAAAGCAUCAAAAUCAAUUUUAAAUUCAUUUUUAGAUGGAUUUGAAAAAUUAUUUUAUGAAGGUCCAAAAUUAGGUUGUGGUAUUGAAAUCCCUCAACCCACUUUAAUUAAUAAUUAUUUAGUAGAUGGUUUUAUUAAAUGUGUUCAAUUCACUCAAUCAUAUGAUAAAGCAUUAGAAAUCUUAAGAAGAUUAGAAAAAGAUGAACCAAGUGUUAUAUCAUUAAUUUCUCAAGUAUUAUUAUUAAAUGAUGAAGAAAUAGAUGCGGUUAAAUUAAUAAAUGAAGGUGUAUCUAGAAACAAAAGAGAUGCUGAUUUGUUAGUUUUACAAACCCAAUUUUGUAUUAAUAAAAAGAGAUAUGAUUUAGCAUUGGAAUUGGCUAAACAAGCUGUUAAAUCAUCUCCAUCUGAUUUUAAAACUUGGUCAAUAUUAGUCAAAGUUUAUACUAAACUCGGAGAUUUUGAAAAUGCUUUAUUAACUUUAAAUUCAUGUCCAAUGAAUUCUCAUAAAGAAAAAUAUGUUUUAAGAAGAGUUGUAAAUUUAAGAGGUGGAAAUGAAGAUUUACAUUUACCAUUCCCAGUUGAUGUUACUUUAGAUGAAGUUUCAAAUUUACAAAGUAUUGAAGUUGCUCAAGAACAAAAGAGUUUAGAUCCUCAAUUAUCAAAUUUACCCGCUGCCAAUUUAAAAUCUACAUUCGCUAAAGCUUAUGAAUUAUUAACUGAUAUUGUUGCAAAGACGGGUUGGGAAACUUUAUUAAAAUAUAGAGCCAAAGUUUUCGUAAUGGAAGAAGAAUAUCGUAAAGAUAGAAAUAAUAGUACUGUAAGUAAUGGUCAUGCCAGGAAAACAUCAACAGUAUCAACCUUGAAUAAUGGAAAUGGAAAUGGAAAUGGUAAUGCCACCACCAAUACAUCAAUUGUUAUUAGUGAAAAUGAUGCUUCAUCGACCGUUGCUAUCAAAUCUCCCAAAAAGGAUGAUGAACCAGAAGUUGAAGAAGAUGAUUCAUAUGAAGAAGAAUUUAAAAAGAAACGACUUUGUGAAAGAUGGUUGGAUAACCUUUUCAUGUUAUUAUAUGAAGAUUUAAGAGCAUAUACCAUGUGGCAAGCUGAAUCUGUUCAUUUCCAAGCUCAACAAAUGGAAUAUAAAAAGACUACAUUAGAAUGGGAAAUCUUAGGUUCAAUUGCUUAUAGGUUAAAUCAUUUUAAAGAAGGAUCAGUUGCAUUUGGUAAUGCUUUAAGUGGUAGAUUUUCUGCUAAAUCUCAAAGGGAAAUGUUAAAAUUUUAUCAAUUAGAAAGAACUAAAAUUUUAGCUAAGAAUUCUACUAUUUCAUCAAAUUCAAGUCAACAAUAUACUCACAAUUAUAUCAAAAUUGUUAAUCAAUUGAAUGAAAGGAUAUUGGAAAGUGUCAUUAAAUUAUUAGUAUGGAAUCAUAGAUGGUAUAAUGAUUUUUCUCCAUUAUUAAUUAAUGCUUUAAGUGAUUUAGUGGCUAAAGAAGGAUUAAUUAAAAUUCAAUCCUUAGUUCAAGCUGUUUAUUCUAAUAAUAUUAAUUCAACAUCUAGUAAUGCUGAAGUUUCAGGCAAUCAUGGUAUAACAGAUAUGAUGGAUGACCUUUAUUUAUUUUUAAAGGCAUAUAAUAUAAAUGGUACUGAUAAUUAG